AUGCUUCACUGGUGAGAGCUGAGGCUGUUGCGUGGAGCAAUUGGAAAGGUGAAGCUGAAGUGCUGCAGAGUUAGCCUUGAGCUCUUAAUCUUCUUGAUAAAAAUGGAGAUUGUUCCUAUUUCGGUGGAUAAGUACAAUGUAGGUUUCAUCGGAGCAGGGAAGAUGGCAGAGAGUAUUGCCAGAGGCGCCGUCCGAUCCGGCGUCUUACCCGCUUCUCGGAUUCGCACUGCUCACUCCAAUCCUGCUCGCCGUUCUGCCUUUGAGUCCAUCGGUGUCAAUGUUCUCUCCCGCAAUCAAGACGUGAUUGAAGACAGUGAUGUGGUCAUUUUUUCUGUGAAACCUCAAGUAGUGAAAGAAGUAAUUGUGCAGUUAAGGCCACUUCUUACAACGAAGAAGCUUCUGGUCUCGGUUGCUGCUGGGGUGAAAUUGAAAGAUCUCCAGGAAUGGGCCGGCCACAGUCGAUUUGUAAGGGUAAUGCCUAAUACUCCUGCUGCUGUAGGCGAGGCAGCAUCAGUUAUGAGCUUGGGAGGAGCUGCAACAGAAGAAGAUGGAAACCUUAUUUCCAAAUUAUUUGGAUCAGUUGGCAAAAUAUGGAAAGCUGAUGAGAAGUAUUUUGAUGCAAUAACUGGCCUGAGUGGCAGUGGUCCAGCUUAUAUUUAUUUAGCUAUAGAGGCUUUAGCAGAUGGUGGAGUAGCUGCAGGUCUUCCAAGAGACCUUGCCUUGAGUCUAGCUUCUCAAACUGUAUUAGGAGCAGCAUCGAUGGCCACUGGUACUGGGAAGCAUCCAGGUCAGCUCAAAGAUGAUGUCACAUCUCCUGGUGGGACAACAAUUACUGGGAUUCAUGAGUUGGAGAAAGGUGGGUUUCGUGGAACACUGAUGAAUGCUGUUGUUGCUGCUGCUAAACGUAGCCGUGAGCUCUCCUAAAUUUUGCAGAUGUCAUCUUUUAAUUUUUAGUUGUUGCGGGUGCUAGUUUAAGAAAAAUUCAAUAUUCACAAUGGAUAAGCCUUGGACAAUUUUAUGGAUUAACUAAUGUUGCCAAUCAAUAACGCAGCUUGUCUCAUAAAUAGCAAGAUCAUAGACUCUAACAGUAUUAUCUCUAAUAGGAGAGGUGGUUAUCAUUCUUGUCAGUCUCAUUUUGCUUCUUAUCGGCGGCCGUGACUUGUAUUUCUCGAAGAGGUUCAUUACACCGCAGCCGUAUAUGAUAUGAUCCUAUGCUUUACA